UUUUUUAUGUCGAAUUCUGUAUUAUAAUAUGUAAUAUAGAGGAGAAAAGGAGGGAGUAUUCUUUUUAAAUAUUAUAUCGUGUCGCGCAUUGCAUUAUAGGUACUGGUUGGAAUUGAAAUAUAAUGAAUUUACUUUUAGCUAGAUUAUUAAUUAUUUUUACUAUAAUUUACAUAUUAUAGUAUGUAUGUACUCUUAAUAAUAAUAAUUUUGUUAUAAAUAUAAUUUAAAAGAGAAUAUCUCUCUCUCUUUCUCUCACGCACAGUUUAUAUUUCGAUCGUUCUCUUUCUUUAUUACAAAUGCUCAAGUUAUAGGCGGACAAAUGCAUGUUAAUUUUAUUGCGUUGACAUACUUUGAGAAUUAUUACAAUUCGUCUCGCGCCGACAUGACUUGCGCGUAUCGUUCUCGUCGGAGUAAAAGCCCUGCGGAUUUCCGUUCGCCGUACCGAGAGCGGAAUCUGAGCCUGCGCUAUGCUUUGCAGAGGCGUGUCCUGGCUUACACGCUCUUAUUUAGUAACAUAGAGGCUUUACUCGUCCACGAUCUUUCGGGAUAGAACGUGCGCGCGCGAGUUUACUCCAAAAAAGGAAAAACAUCAAGAAACACGAGAGCUUCCGCGGUGGAUCCGCCGCCGCCGCCGCCGAUCCGGCGAUAAAUAAAGCGGCGACCGGAAGAGGAGAGCGAAAUUCUCAGUGGAAAAUGUAACGAUUUCGAGAAGCCUUCUCGCAAAGAGGGAAGAGAGAACGGCAAGGGUGAGCGAGAGAAAGGAGGAGAGCGGCAAUUUUCUAAUUUCACGGGGAGACACGCUUUGUCAUCGGGAGGGAAGUUGAUGGCGUGAGACGUCAUCGGCGCCUCGGAGACUCUCUUAUUUUCUUCGCGGAAGUGUGAAGCGCUUCAAAAUCCAGGAUGCACGCGGUUGGAUUGCACUCUCGGCGCUGCAUCAAACGUCAGCGAAAGCGCCGGGACGAGCAGCGUCGCGCUCGCGAGCGUCGUUAUAGCGCGCAAUCGGGCGAAAGCGGGCUGACGUCGCCUAGGGCCUCGACCGGCUCGCUGGAUCAUCAUGGCAAGCAUCACAAGGGCACGCAUGGCGCGGCGCGCAACGCCGGCCAGGGGAUGCUGGACAGCAAAGUGGUCACCUCGAUCGGGAUGCUGCACAUUGGCGUGGUGUUCCUCGUGCUGGGCGCCUUUCUCCUGAUGAGCGGCCUGCUGCCGGGUGAUCUCACUCACUUGGGCAGCAAAGCUUCCGGUGGCUGGUGGAACGAGCUCGUCGCCGUGGGACUUUUCGCGAUAUUCCUCGGUAUCUUCCUCAUCGUGCUCAAUCGCGUCAUCGCCAAGAAGGAGGAGGACGAUCUGGAACAGUACGUUCAACGUCAGCUCACCAGAUCCAGAUCCGGCCAUCGAUUGGAACGGGAUGUGGAAACUGGCGGGCUCACCACCCGCCACGCCAGACGGGCGAAGCAGAUGAAGCAGGAUAUAUCCUCGGAUACGUCUCUCGAGAUUAAGGACGAAAAGACCGUCGAUGGUGAUAGAUCGCCGUCCAGAAGCCCGCCACCGGCGUACUCGCCGCAGAUCGCAAUCAACGGUGACAAUCAGGCGGUGCAGUCAGCUUUGUACCUGGAGCAGAUUACCGAAGAGGAGAUUAUCAGCGAUCGCGUCGAGACUUCCACCACCAACAGCCUCAGUCCGGGUUCGCCCAGCGAGACCCGGGAGUUGCUGCAGAACGUACGAUAUUCGAAGCAGAACGGGAAUCCGCAACAAGUUCAUCGGCCGCAUUACGUUUCCAAGAUUUAGAUGGUAGGAUAAGCUUGAGAGAGGCCGCGUUGCGAGAGGACGAGACGCGAUACAUAAUCAUAACGAUAACGCAACGACAGAUUCCGUAUCGCGAAAAGAGCUUUUUUAUCCAGAAUAUUAUUAUUACUUCAGUAUCUCUCUUCCGGAAUCACAACGGAACAUUAUCACACCAUCUCUGGGAGUCAAAAUUUCGCAGGUUAAGC